AUGGCCUCACAAUCCGUCGUCGUUUUCCUCCUCCUCACUCUCAUAGUCUCCUCCGCCAUAGCUCAGGCUCCGGGACCAUCUCCGACAAGAUCUCCUCUUCCAACAACUCCUUCAAUUUCUCAGCCUCCAAUAACCGCCGCCCCAGCUCCUUCACGCACCACCACUCCUCCGCCUUCCGUCACUCCCACGGCAGCUCCUACUUCUCCUCCAGCUGGCUCACCAACCUCCACCGCCGCUGCUUCACCGCCGGCUCCUCCCACAUCUCUUUCCCCCGAAGGAGCUCCUGACGCAAAUGCUCCCUCUGGCCCGACCGGAUCUACUCCUGCCAAUGACAACAACAACGCUGCUACACUCUCCGCCGGAUCUUUUGCCGGAAUCGUACUCGCCGCCGUCUUGUUACUGUAA